AUGAGAGAGGACGACAUCUUUUGUUGUCAGACUGAUUUCUGGGUGUUUAUAGUCAUAUGUUUGGUGCUUGUGUCAUUUGCGGGUAUUGCAUCAGGCCUUGCUUUAGGCCUCUUGUCCUUCAGCCAAAUUGAUCUUGAGGUCCUCAUCAAGUCUGGUCAGCCCCAAGACCAGAAAAAUGCAGCAAAGAUUCUGCCGCUUGUUAAGAAUGAGCAUCUACUUUUAUGUACUCUCCUCAUAGGCAAAUCACUGGCAAUGGAGGCACUUCCCAUUUUCCUGGACUCAAUUCUCCCAGUUUGGGCGGCAAUUCUUGUGUCAGUCACCCUUGUACUGGCAUUUGCGGAGAUCAUUCCUCAAGCUGUAUGUUCUCGAUAUGGACUAAGUCUUGGUGCAAAAAUGUCUCACUUGGUACGGUUGCUUCUGGUGGUCUUCCUCCCUCUAUCAUACCCUUUCAGUAAGCUGUUGGAUUGCCUCCUUGGCAAAGGGCAUUCGGCACUCUUAAGAAGAGCAGAGCUGAAAACAUUGGUGGAUCUGCAUGCCAAUGAGGCAGGGAAAGGUGGAGAGUUGUCGCAUCAUGAGACUACGAUUAUUGGUGGUGCUCUGGAUCUGACUUUGAAGACUGCUAAAGAUGCAAUGACUCCCAUAUCUGAAACUUUUUCCCUUGACAUAAACUCCAAACUUGACAUGCAUACACUUGGUUUGAUAAUGAGCAAAGGCCACAGCCGCAUACCUAUAUAUUCUGGAAGUCGGACAAACAUUAUUGGCCUCAUUCUGGUAAAGAAUUUGAUCUUCAGCCGGCCGGAAGAUGAAACCCCAAUAAAAUACUUGACUAUCAGGAGAAUCCCAAGGGUUUAUGACUGUUGGCCUUUAUAUGAUAUACUGCAUCAGUUCCAGAAAGGUCAUAGUCAUAUGGUUGCUGUGGUGAAGAGUAAGAAGGAUACUAAUUCAAGGUUACAUUCAACACUAGCAGAGAGUAAAGGUUUAAAUUCUCGAAAUGAUCAGAAUUAUGGUCUGAGUUUCUCCAUGGACACAUCCUCUAUAUAUUCUAGUGAAACUGAAUACUGUUCUUCGACGUCGAAGCAUGUCAUGGAGCAAGACGAAGAAUCACAGACACAAAGUAAUAGACAUAAGCAAGGACAAGGUAGAAAUACAUCAUCUGAAAAUUUAGAAUCUCUUCAAAGUAGCACGGAUGAGGAGGUAAUCGGUAUCAUAACAAUGGAGGAUGUUAUGGAGGAACUGCUACAGGAAGAUAUACUAGAUGAAACAGAUAAUUAUGUCGAUGUCCACAACAAAAUCAAAAUCAACCUGCUACCAUAUUCAAGAAGAUCAUCACCCUCAAAAUCUCCAAGAAAAUCUGCAUCUCAUAUUUAUUGGAGAACUCCAGAGUCAUCUCCACUAUCUUCAUACAGCACUCCCAUACUCCGAUCACCCACUUCCCCAUACAUUCAACUUCCCAUCUUCAUAAGACCUCCUCUUUAUGCUUCCCCCGCAAAAUCAAUACUAGUUACUUCUCCAACUGGAUCUCCAGGCCUUCUUUGCAGCUCACCGUCCUCACAUCGAGCCUCAAGAAAGUCGAAUGAGAAGCUUUCCGGUGACCAUAUAGCUUCGACUCACUGAGUUAAGUUAACGGAUGUUACUGAAUGCCAC